AUGCUAUUGGGAAGAAAGACUGAUCCAGCUCAAGACGAGUGUCUUAAGAAGCUUGACGAUAUUUCAGAAUCAACAAAUACUAUUGAGAGAAAGAUUAAGAAGAUUGAACAAGAGCUGGAGGGAAUUGAAAAGGGUUUCCUGUUGUCAGAACUAGUCUCUGAAUCUUGUGAUAAGUUACGUAAACAAAGUUUGUCAUGCAAUGAGAAUUUAAUGAAGAAUCUAGAGGAACUAGACACUAUAGUACCUUCUGCCACAGAAACUCUUGUGAGAGGAAAGAGAAAGACACUAGUGGUACACAUUCAAUCAUUAAUGGUACUAACUGAUAAGCUAACUGAUAGAAUUGCCACUGCAAGCACAAAAUAA